CGUUUUGAUAUCGUCCAAAUCAGGGAUAAUGUGAAUCAGUAAUCACCCUCAAUUAUGGCAUUAUAUGCUAAGAAAUUUAUGAUUAUCUUAAACACAUGCACCUGCCAAAAAUGUCAUUUUCUGUUGUGGGUUCGAACAUUGGGGCUAUAAAGCUUUAAGAGCCACAUGAGCAUGUUACGAUAACAAGCUCAUUUCAGACUCUUCUUCUCCACUUAAUAGUUUAUGUGGAGUACCAAUUUUAGGCUGUACUUUCUUCAGUUAAACCACUUUGUUUGUUUCUUCGGACCACCUUUCAAUUAUUUUCCUUUGCCCAUUCAUAGGUUUGCUGUCUUUACUGGAACUGAAUCCAGGACAAAGCUGAUUACUGUAUGCUAGCCUCUUGUUUUAUUUAACUCUCUUUGAUUCCCACACAUUCUCUUUUUGUGCAUAUAUUCUCUCAUUUCUCAUUACUCAUUACUCAGUAGCAGUAUCUUUGCGAACUUCAGUAGUGCUCCUUAAGGCUUAAGCUUAAACGAGUUUGGUAUCAUGGUUUUAGCAGGGGAAUAUGCUGAUAAACAUGGUGAAGACAGUGAAGCUGUAGUCGACUAUAAUGGAAAUCCAGUAGAUAAGUCUCGUACUGGAGGGUGGCUUGCUGCCGGCCUCAUUUUAGGGACUGAAUUUGCUGAAAGAGUAUGUGUUAUGGGAAUUUCAAUGAAUUUGGUGACGUACUUGGUUGGAGAUCUGCACCUUUCAUCAUCAAAAUCUGCUACUAUAGUGACCAACUUCAUGGGAACUCUCAAUCUUCUAGGAUUGUUUGGAGGAUUUGUCGCUGAUGCUAAACUAGGACGGUACUUGACUGUUGCUAUAUUUGCAUCCAUAGCAGCAAUGGGAGUGGCACUCUUAACAUUGGCAACCUCAAUUCCAAGCAUGAUACCCCCUCCAUGCAGCAACUUCAGGGCACCAGAGAAUGACUGUGUUGCAGCAAAUGGCAAGCAAUUAGCCAUGCUAUACGCUGCUCUUUACAUCCUCGCCCUUGGUGGAGGUGGCAUAAAAUCCAAUGUCUCAGGUUUUGGCACUGACCAAUUUGAUCCAUCAAAUCCAAAAGAAGAAAAGGCUAUGGUCUUCUUCUUCAACAGGUUCUACUUCUGCAUCAGCAUAGGCUCACUGUUAGCAGUUACUGUUCUUGUUUAUAUUCAAGAUGAUGUAGGAAGAGGUUGGGGUUAUGGCAUAUCAGCUGCUACCAUGAUGAUAGGAGUCCUUGUUCUUCUGGCCGGAACACGGUUAUACCGGUACAAAUCUCCUCAGGGAAGUCCCCUGACAGUUGUUUGGAGAGUGCUUUUCCUGGCCUUUAAAAAGAGGAAGCUAACUCAUCCUUCAAAACCAGAUUUUCUGAAUGGAUUUCAGACUGCCAAGAUUUCUUACACUCCUUUGUUCAGAUGUCUUGACAAAGCGGCAAUCAUAGACGAUUUUGCUGCAAAGGACGAAAACAGGUUCAACCCAUGGAUAGUUUCAACUAUGACAGAAGUAGAAGAGGUGAAAAUGGUGCUUAAACUCUUCCCAAUUUGGUCCACCUGUAUACUCUUCUGGACAGUUUAUUCUCAGAUGACUACAUUCACCAUUGAACAAGCAACUUUCAUGAACCGGAAAAUAGGAUCCUUUGAAGUUCCUGCUGGAUCUUUCUCCGUCUUCCUCUUCAUCUCCAUCCUCCUCUUCACGUCCUUGAACGAAAGGUUCUUCGUCCCCAUUGCUAGGAGACUCACUCACAAUCCUCAAGGUCUCACGAGCCUUCAAAGGGUUGGUGUAGGUCUUGCAUCUGCUAUGGCCGCGAUGAUUGCUGCUGCUAUUGUUGAGAAGCACAGGAAAGAAAAAGCACUUCAUGGAAUCAAACUCAGCGCGUUCUGGCUUGUUCCUCAGUACUUAUUUGUUGGUGCAGGGGAGGGGUUCGCUUAUGUUGGUCAGCUCGAGUUCUUCAUCAGGGAAGCUCCUGAAAAGAUGAAAUCUAUGAGCACUGGGUUUUUCUUGAGCACUCUUGCAAUGGGGUUCUUUGUGAGCAGCUUGCUAGUCUCUAUAGUUGAUCAAACAUCGCACGAAACAUGGUUGAAGAGCAAUUUGAACAAGGGGAAGUUGGAUGAUUUCUAUUGGUUACUUGCAGGGUUGGUGGCAUUAGACUUCAUUGCUUUCCUGUUUUUCUCCAUGAAACAUCAAUACAAGGUGAGACAACACAUAGAAGUAUUGGAAAAUGAUGAGAAGGAGCUUUGGGAGAAAGGCAAUGGAGUUGCCUAAUUGAAGAGUACAACAUGUAGAACAGAUCAAUUAAGGCAGUGUAUCGCCCGAACUAUGUAAAUGAAGAAGAGCUCGGAGCUCGAUCCAAUAGCCUUCAUGUCCUCUUAAGUUUAAAGCUUAGAAGUUUCAUUGUUUUGGAAUGCUAGUUGUGCUUUUGUUAGAGUAGUAUAUGUGUUCCACCAAGAUUGUUGAUUUUCUGCAAUGUGAAGAUCCCUAUUUCUCAA